UUACGUUCCGUGCGGUAUUCAUCACCGCAAAACAGAAAACCGGUUCGCGGUGCGUGCAUCGAUGCCGAACAGUGUGAAUUAUUCCCCGUCAUGAAUCGCGAGAGACUGCCGUUGCUUUUCAAAGACGUCAACUCAGAUCUGUCGCUUCUCUUCGCCACAUUGUGCGUUAUCGACAUAUUUGGCGUUUUUCCUAUUAUCGCGUUACCGCGCUCUAUUGUGCAAUGCGGAUUAUAUGGAAUCCCUUUGGUCCUUGUUGUGUUUGCUUUGCAAAUUUACACGGCUGUUAUUCUUGGCAAAUCAUGGAUGAUUGCAACCACUCUGGAUCCCCAAAUUUUGAGAAAAAAUCGGAAUCCCCUUGCAGCCGUGACCGAAUUAACUUUGGGUCCACGAGCGAGAACCUUGGUCACUGUAAUCCUAGAUCUUACAGUUUUUGGUUGCAGCAUACCUAAUUUGUUGGUUGCUUCGCAGAAUUUCCAAUUAUUCGGAUUAAAAGUUUCUGGGCAAAGGUUUGAUUUGUCCUUUUGCUAUUGGCUUCUAGUUGUGGGCGUACUUUUGUGCCCAAUUAUGUGGCUUGGUAGUCCACGUGAUAUGAAAUUUUUGGCCUUAUUCUCUUGCACAAUGGUUUUUUUUACGGCACUAUUAAUAUGGUGGUGUAUAAUUACCGAUAAUCGAGAACUUGAUGUUGCACCAGUACCUACGUCACCAUCUUGGGACAAAUUUAUUUCCGGUUAUGGAAUGUUGGCGUUUCAAUUUGAUGUGCAUCCAACAUUAAUGACCGUGCAAGUAGAUAUGCGUCGUCCUCAAGACAUCAAUAAAGCAGUUGUAAUUUCUUUCUUAGUCAGUGGUUCCUUGUUUGUCGUUACUACUAGCCUGACUGUCUGGAAAUAUGGAGCUAGUACAACAGCCAAUGUUCUGCAAGUAGUUCCAGGAAAUUUUGCAAUGAGCGCGGCCGUUCUUUUUGCUGCUGUUCAACUUUGUCUUUCCAGUGCCCUUGGUCACUCAGCUCUGUUCCAAGAUUUGGAAGAACAAUAUAAUAUUCAGAGAAAUUUUGGAUGGAAACGAUGUGCCAUAAGAUCAGCCAUUGUCUUCCUUGGAGUAGUUGUAGGAGAAUCUGUGCCAAGAUUUGAUAUUGUGAUGGCUCUGAUUGGAGGAUCCUUAACUGGUCCAUUAGUGUUCCUACUACCACCGUUAGUAUAUUCAAGAGCCAUUGCUUUGAAAGCAAGAUCCAUGCGGCCUUUAACUCCUGAAGUGUACUCUGGUUCUGAGAGGCGUCGUAGCAGCGAGGGCAUGUCAGCUGAUCCAAGAAUUCAUUCAAGAUCAAUUUAUUAUGGUGUCCUAGGUGUGCCUAAAACUGAGUACCAUCGAUAUUCUUAUGUUUAUUAUGACGAGUUUGAUGAUGAAUUCGAGGGAAUCAUGGAUUGUGAAAGCGAUACCAUAGUCUCUGGGGAAGCCAAUGAAGAAUUUUUAAUGACAAACAGAGCUCACGAUGGUAAACCUAUAUUUGUAGAUGCCAGCCGACCUAUUAGGAUUUAUAAAAGCGUGGUAACUCCUGAGGAACCGAUUUCGAAGUCAACAAUGCGAUGCAAUUGUCGAAGAUGGAACGAUUGGCUCGGUUAUUUAAUUGUAUUGUUUGGUAUCAUUGUCACUAUCUCUUCGACGUAUAUCAACAUUAAGAACACGAUACGUUAUGUACAAUUCACACCGCCGUGCAUCGUGAAUGUCACUGUAGUACAAAAUCCUGUAUAAAGUAUAAGUAUUUUAUGCUGAGAAAGAAAGAAAA